UUUUUGGGGAAGCUGGCUGGGAACUAACUACAAGGAAGGCUAAAUGGCGGAGCUGGCAGGCGCUACAUUAUUUAGGAACGGGAUAGACUGUUACCUGCAGUUUUCUCUGUCAACUUAUACAAAGAAUCAGAAAGCCCGAGGUGUCAGGAGAUAAGAAUGUCAGUCUUCCAGCACUAUGGAGAACUGGAUGACUUUAUGCACGCUAGGGAAGGUCUCUCCCACAGAACUACACUUUCAAGUUCCCUGAGAGGCAGCUAUGGACACGAGGCUGUGCUGAGAGAAGCGGGGCAUGGCUGCGGCCCUACAGGUCUUGCCCUGUCUCCUCCGAGCCCCAUCCCGCCCACUCCUCUGGGGGCCCCCAGUGGCCCGGAUGACCAGUGGUAUGGCCUUGGCAGAACAGGCACGGCAGCUGUUUGAUAGUGCAGUGGGUGCUGUGCAACCAGGUCCCAUGCUGCAGAGGACACUGUCCCUGGAUCCUAGUGGCAGACAGCUGAAGGUGCGGGACCGGACCUUCCAGCUACGGGAAAACCUCUACCUAGUGGGCUUCGGCAAGGCUGUGCUGGGCAUGGCAGCUGCGGCCGAGGAGCUGCUGGUUCAGCAUCUUGUGCAGGGUGUUAUCAGCGUACCCAAGGGGAUCCGAGCCGCUAUGGAGCAUGCUGGAAAGCAAGAGAUGCUGCUGAAGCCACAUAGCCGCAUCCAGGUGUUUGAGGGCGCCGAGGACAACUUACCAGAUCGGGAUGCACUCCGGGCUGCGCUGACCAUCCAGCAGCUGGCAGAGGGGCUCACUGCAGACGACCUGCUGCUGGUGCUCAUCUCAGGUGGGGGCUCAGCCCUGCUGCCUGCUCCUAUCCCACCUGUCACACUGGAGGAGAAACAGAUGCUCACCAAGCUGCUGGCAGCCCGAGGAGCCACGAUCCAGGAGCUGAACACCAUCCGCAAGGCCCUGUCACAGCUGAAGGGGGGAGGGCUGGCUCAGGCCGCCUAUCCUGCUCAGGUGAUAAGCCUCAUCUUGUCAGAUGUGAUUGGGGACCCUUUGGAGGUGAUUGCCAGUGGCCCUACUGUGGCCAGCACCCACAGUGUGCAAGAUUGCCUGCAGAUUCUCAAUCACCAUGGUCUUCGUGCUGCUCUUCCCCGCUCUGUGAAGACUGUGUUCUCCCGAGCUGACUCUGACCCCCAUGGACCACAUACCUGUGGUCAUGUCCUCAAUGUGAUCAUCGGCUCUAACUCUUUGGCACUGGCUGAGGCUCAGAGGCAAGCCGAGGUACUGGGCUACCAUGCCAUGGUGUUGAGCACAGCCAUGCAGGGUGAUGUAAAACGUGUGGCUCGGUUCUAUGGGCUGCUAGCCCGGGUGGCUGCAGCCCACCUCACUCCAUCCUUGGCUGAGCGUCCCUUGGAGGAGGAGGCAAAACUCCAUCAGCUGGCAGCUGAGCUCCAGCUCCCGGACCUGCAGCUGGAGGAGGCUCUGGGAGCGGUGGCAAAGGCUAAAGGGCCGGUCUGCCUCCUGGCUGGUGGUGAGCCCACGGUGCAGCUGCAGGGAUCUGGCAAAGGCGGUCGGAACCAAGAACUGGCCCUGCACGUGGGAGUAGAGCUGGGAAGGCAGCCACUGGGGCCUAUUGAUGUGCUAUUUUUGAGUGGAGGCACUGAUGGUCAGGAUGGGCCUACAAAGGUGGCCGGGGCCUGGGUCAUGUCUGAUCUCAUCAGCCAGGCUUCUGCUGAAAGCCUGGACAUUGCCACCUUCCUCGCCAACAAUGACUCGUACACUUUCUUUUGCCGCCUCAGGGGAGGAACACAUUUGCUGCACACGGGGUUGACAGGGACCAACGUUAUGGAUGUUCACCUCCUGAUUCUUCAUCCUAAGUGAUGGCGUCGCUCACAGUGAGAGUGUAGAAGAGGGUCUCUUAGGAAGGUCAAGGACUGAUUCCUAGGCCCCAGUGUGCCUCAGGACUCCCUCCUCGGUGGCUCUGCCCGCCUCCCACGGAUGUACUCCAUGUUUAUUCCCCCAACUAAAUUAGAAGAUGUGGGCUCCUUUCCACCCCUAGUUUCUGUCAUGACAGCAGGUAGCCCUGAGACCCAGUAGGAGCUUCUUGGGCAGUCCAUAGUUCUCAUUUUCUCCCCGGAAGCCUUCCUGGCCAGGUCCUCAGCCCAUUUCUUCUAUGGAGCGAAGGUAGGGACACUGAAAAUAAAUGUUGUGGGGGUCUUAGCUCAUCUCCCCUCAGUGCCUCUUUCCGUAGCACAGAUCCUCUGGGGGCUGCUGGGCAGGGGCCCGUGGUGUGGUCCCAGCAGUGGCGCCAGUACCUCAAAGAGUUUCUCACGCCCUUUUUGGCUGGGUGCACACUCGGGGUCUGCUGAUGACAAUCUGUGACAAUUGAAUCUGUCUCCUAGCAGCGUCAGUGUAGGUUAACAGGACAGGAUUAUAGUUGACUACGUAACCAUGACGCCCUGUGGCAGCCUGAUCAUGGUUUCUCCUCUCCUGCUAUAGCCUGACUGGGUAGAGACGAUCCACUUGCCACCAAGGCUCUUCCUUCUGUAUUUGAACCACUCUCAGCUUUCCCUCUCACCCACUGGUUAUCAAGGGGUUUCUUCAGGCCACAGGCAUUGAACUUGUUCUCCUGUGUCCCCCUUUCCCAGGCUAAACAUUCCAUGUUCCAUUGCCGCUCCUCUGGGUACCCAGUUGGGACCCUGGUGCCAGCAUUUCAGUGUGUGUCUCAAGCACUAGAAUGGUAGGUCAGAGCAGUGAAGGAGCUCAGCAGUCCCUCACCCCAUCCUGUCAUAGCUGGCAGAGGUGAGUCACUUGGCUUGGCCUGCAGCCACUGGCCUGCUUUGCCUCGAGCCCUCUUGUUCCACAUCAGAGCCCUCUGUUGGCUUAUCCUCACCGUGCGCCACGGCUCCAAUCCCUAUAUGAGCGAGCAAUAGAAUCACAUAGGAAUAAAAAGCCAUAGAGAACAGUGAGGCCCAGAGUGGCCCCUGUGGGCCCUUCUUCCAUCGUGAGGGUGUGAGGGACUCUAGGUCAGAGCUGAUGUGUCCUGGGAAGGGCCUUCCGUCUCCACUGGGCUUUGGACAGUCUAACUAGCAGUCGGGCCGUGGCUUGCAGACCUGGCUCCUGUGUGUUCCUCAGACUGAGGAGGAGGUAAGCAGGGUGAGCCGGCUCUGAGGACCACAUAGGCUUAGGGAAGUGGAGUGGUUUCUACCAUUUCCUUUCCUUCUGUCCUUGUGCACAGGGUCAGAGACUCUGGGGAUUUUGUCUUUACACCGGGGUUCUGGUAUCCCCUAGGAGUGGCUCUGUCGCCGUGUUCUUGACCUCGGGAAUCUAUUCCCAUCGGACACUGAGUUGCAAGCAAGAGCUUCGGGAGAAGAGCUUUUCAGCCACACCUCGGUGUCUCUGUGUGGUGAGCACGUGAGCAGUGGACACUAGUGUCAGAACGCAUCCAUAGUGUGCCCAUGGGUGCUUUUCAGAGUAGGGUUGCUCGUGGGGACCGCUGUCACCAUUGCCUGCUGAGGGCUUUGCAUAUAGGUAGAAUCUUGCUGGAGGCUCCCCGUGUCUGCCUUGGUCACUUUCCUGUACCUAUGCUUUUAGAGUCUGGGGGCCAGGGUCUGAAUUGGGCCCCACUAGAGCAAACAGUUCAUGGGCAUAACCUUCUGUAUUUGCUCACCUAUAUAUCUGGUCAUUCUAGAUGAUAAAAACAUGCAAAUUCCUCACAGUUAGAGCUCAAUAGGACUGGUUAGUUUCUUUUUGUUUUGUUUUUCUCCAUCAAUAUCAAGUAUGGAGCCAGGCCUGGUGCACAGGCCUAUAGUCCCAGGUACGUGAGAGGCAGGAGGACUGAGAGUCCAUGGCUAGCCUGAACUACAGAGUGAAAGCCAGCCUAGGCAACUAAGGGAGAUCCCAUUUUAAAGACCUUUAGAAAGGGCCGGGCAGUGGUGCUGCACACCUUUAAUCCCAGCACUUGGGAGAAGCAAGCAGAUCUCUGAGAGUUUGAGGCCAGCCUGAUCUACAGAAUGAGUUCCAGGACAUCCAGGGAUACACAGAGAAACCCUGUCUCAACAAGAACAGCAGCAGCAGCAGCAACAACAACAACAGCAAGAGGUCUGGGAAUGUAGUCAAUGGUACUUACUAUUCUAGCAUGUGUGAAGCCCUGGGUUUAGUUCCCAGCACUGAAAAAUAAAAUAAAUGAAUGAAUGGC